CCGUGUUUAAUUUUUUUUAAGUACGCGUAAUGUACAUGUGUUAUUAUUAGCAAAGUCAUUUUUUGUUGGAAGAAAAUACGGAAAUUGUCACAUAUGUUGUAAAAUAGCGAUUAUUUGAAAAUUCUACAAAACUGUAAUUGAGAUACUAGGCAAUUAUUGAUAAUAUUAGAUUUAAAUCAACUGAUCUUAGAAAUUUAAUGUCCGUUCGACGUUUGUAAGAGGCUCUCGAAAUCUGUGAGAUGAUUGUGUGUCGUGACGUUUAUAUCUCUAGUCAGUACAAAUAAAGGACUGAUAAAACUACUCUACUAACGAAAUAGGAGACUUAAAAAUGUCGAUAAUAUAGUGUUGAUAUCUGAAGGUACGUACAAAGAUAAAAGUGUAUUUAUAAAUGUAAAUGUAUUGGUGUCUAAAAGGAAGGAUGUGUGUGUGGAGUGUUUUAUCAUUCAAUAUGCAAACUAAUGAGUCAAAUUUAUCCUGAUGGACCAAGACAUACCACAUUCCCAUAAGCAGAGUUGCUGGACGAACUUCCGGAAGUUAUUUAUAGUUCUACUUUUGUCGUGUUGUUUCUUUUUAUUUUUCUGGAAUAUAAAUAUCCCGUAUACAGUUAAUAUGACAGGUGGCGAUUUAUUCGUAAAUAAUGUAUCUAUGAGCAAUAUUACCGGAUUAGUUUACUUAAAAAAGAUAUAUAACACACUUGUACUAACUACACCGCCGCCACACGUAAAUCCUCAUGACUUUGGAUAUAUCAUUUUAGAAAAAGAUACAUGUCUGACAAACAAUAAGUCUGUGUUUCUAGCCGUGAUAGCUUGUGUUGCUCCGGCAAAUUUUAGACAACGAAUGACAAUUCGGGAAACUUGGGGAUCUGUUGCAAAGACGAACAAAGAAAUAGCAUUAGUAUUUAUGCUUGGAAAGACAUCAGAUUCAAAAGUCCAACAGGAAAUACUUAAUGAAAGCAACUUUUAUCAUGACAUUAUUCAAGAGGAUUUUGUAGAUUCUUAUAGAAAUUUAUCCUAUAAAUCCGUCGCCAUGUUGAAAUGGUCAUAUACACAUUGCCCGUCUGCUAAAUAUGUGCUUAAAGCUGAUGACGAUAUGUUUGUUAAUUUAGAAUAUUUAUCAAACGUUUUAAAACACAAACGUUUAAAAGAUACUGUGAUAGGGAUGCAAAUAACAGGAGCAAGACCAAUUCAGGAGAAGAGUUCUAAAUGGUACACACCGAAAGAAUUAUUCAACGGAACUGUGUACCCACCAUAUUGUAGUGGAACAUCAUACGUGAUUUCAGGUGAUUCAGUUGAAAAGUUAUACAAUGCGAGUUUAGAUACGCAAUAUUUUUGGUUGGAGGACAUUUUUAUCACUGGAAUAUGUAGAACAAAGGCAAAUAUUAAAAUAAGCAACGACUAUGGUUUUACUUAUGAUAAACCAACAGCUUCCGGGUGCGUGUUUAGAAGUAGAAUAUCUGGACAUCGAUAUAACGAGAAUGAAAUCAGAAAAAUAUGGAAAGAAUUAAAGGAUAGUUCAUUAACAUGUACUCCUAGUAAUAUCAAUACCAAAGCUGUUUCGACAAAGAGUUAAAAAAGAGAGCUUAAUACUUACUUUAUAAUAAUUUUUAUUUACAAUUAUCAUGAUUAUAUAGAAGCAAAUUGUCAGAUUUUUAGGAGUAAACCACUUAUAAAAAGAAAUUGUAAAUCCUUGAGAUAUAUUUAUAAAUUUUUAUAUAUUGUCAAAUAUUUUUCUUUUUUUAUUGAUACUCAUACAUUACUUCGUUUUUCUUUUGUACAAAUAGCUGAUUAUUUUUAUCGCUUCGCUUAUAAAGUUUGUUACGUCA